AUGGCCUCCCCGAUGCCAUCGAUUAUCGCUCGGUCGCUCACUCGUGGAGUCGAUGCUGUCCGCGGAGCGCUGGGAAGUCUCACUUGGGAGCCGGCCUUGGCGGUAGUGAAACCAGUCAUCCUUGAUAUCUUCUCUAGAAUUACGGUUGGAACACUGCUGUUAGUUGACGAGCCGGCGGGGCUCAGAUCGGUAUAUGGGCAGAAGCCCCUGUCGAAAAGCUUCGGGUCUCCUAGCGCAAAUAGCAACACCAGGCGAGCAGACGUUAUCCCCAGCGUUGAAGUCAGAGUCAAGGACGAUGCCUUCUGGAUGCGCUUGUUCCUCUUCGCCGACAUGGGAUUUGCCGAAUCUUACAUGUUGGGCGAAUUCGAAUGCGCGGAUUUGACAGCUUUCUUCCAGAUCUUUAUUGCGAAUAGGGAUCGGUUGAACAACGGGACCACGCUCUUCUCUUCGAUAUCUGGCGCAAUAUCAAGCGCCGCCCGAACCACGAAUACGCUAUCCAACUCCCUUUUAAACAUCUCGGCCCAUUACGAUAUAAGCAACGACAUGUUUGCGGCCUUUCUUUCAGAGGAUAUGACCUACUCCUGCCCAAUCUGGAGUCUCCAGGUGCCCCCAUACCAGCGAGAGGAAACCCUAAACGAAGCGCAGACGACGAAACUCCACCGAUUCAUCAACGGUGCGAGAAUAAAGCCCACCGACCACAUCCUCGAGAUCGGAACGGGAUGGGGAUCGUUUGCCAUCGAAGCCGUGAAGUGCACACGAUGCCGGGUGACCACCCUGACGUUGUCGAAGGAGCAGAAGGCGCUCGCCGAAAAGCGCAUCGAAGCGGCGGGUUUUUCGAGCCGAAUCGAGGUGUGGCUGAUGGACUACCGCAACCUGCCGUCUACAGUCACCUACGACAAGAUCGUCUCGAUAGAGAUGCUGGAAGCAGUAGGGCAGGAAUAUCUCGGUACAUAUUUCGCAUGUAUUCACCGGUUGCUCAAGAGAGACGGCAUUGCCAUGUUCCAGUGUAUCACCAUGCCCGAGGGGAGGCACGCGACUUACUCUAAGUCGGAAGACUUCAUAAACAAGUACAUAUUCCCCAACGGAUACCUGCCCUCCACAACACAGCUCCUCGACCACAUCUCGAAGGAGUCCGGCGGAACGCUGAUCGUGGAACGGGUUGAGAACAUCGGGGGCCACUACGCCAAGACGCUGCGCCUGUGGAGGGAGAAUUUCCUGCGCAACUUCGAGUCCGUCAUCUCGCCGGCCCUUGCGGCGGGGUCCCCGCAGAUGACACAGCGGGAGAUCGACGUGUUCAAGCGGAAGUGGGUGUACUACUUCUCGUAUUGCGAAGCUGGGUUCGUGACGAAGACGCUCGGAGAUGUGAUUAUAACCGUUGGGCGGGAGGGCGCCAUGGAGCUAAUGGAGGGCAUACCGAUAUGA